AUGGAGGACCUAUGGCAGCCCCCAUUGACACAGUCCGGGCAGAGCAUGGACGACGACCUGCUUACCACACCAUUCUUUGACUCCCGGCCUUUCCGAGAGACGCAUCAAGACAACAGUGCCAAUGACCAUUGGACGUCGCUAUUGCUCUCGGUAGAGACUGAUGAACAGAAAGAGUCCAAAGGACUAUCACCAGCCCAGAGACUUUGUUCGCCAACCCUGGACUUGACACCGGUCUCAAGAGAAGAGAAGAAGGGUAUCCUAGUGGGCUCCAGACACAAAUCCGUGAAACCGAUAGUUGUUAACACUGCUCCUAAUGGUUCCCUGUUCUAUUGCCCGUCAUUCAAGUGCAACAGGAGUUACAACGGAAAAGGAUAUCAUCGACGUGGAGACUGUGCGAACCACAUGCGGUCGCACCAUCCAGAAUUGCCUCAACAUGACUUUUUCGCAUCGUUAAAGACGAUUCCGCGCCACGGACCGGAGCUACAAAAGCGGCGCCAAUAUCCGUGGACACUUCCCCUAGACUUAGAGCAACCUAGCUCCGAGGUGGACUGUGGACCUUCGUUGGCCGGGUCUGGAGGAUCAGCAGAAUGCUCGUCCUCGUCUUCAAUCCCGUCCUUGACAUACUCGGCUAGCACGUCAUCUUUAGCGCAGUCUAGCCGCCGUGCCAGAGCCCCGAACUCGAGAGAAAGAGCCUUUGGUCCCCACGUGAGUUCUUGUCGGCUCAUCAAAAAGCGAGGCACAAGUUGCUCGUCUCAGACCGACAAUGAAGAGCCGGAGCAGGAGGCGAUUGGUGCUACCAAUCCCCGAUAUGUUGCGCAGGCGUCGAAUUCCGGCUAUGAGCCACCAAAUGGGGAAACUUUACUGGUUGACAAGGACGUUCACGAUUUUGAUUUUCUGGCUCUCGCGACCUCCAGCCCUUUGCCCUCAAGCCAUCAGCACUUUCCUCGCAGGACCCAGUUCACCGAUACCAAAUCUACUGCUCCAUGGAGGUGGCAGGAUGACCUACGAAGCGCCCACAUGGCUUUGAAGCCUCCAACAGGAGAGCUUGUCAACGAUCUCAGCAAAAUAUUUGUCCUUACAGAGCGGGCGAGUCCGCAGACACAGUACAGCGCCCCGCCAGCGAAGGAAUAUGAAGACCGAGCAGAGGCAUCUGCCAUCGGUUCUGAAGACGUUAAUGAGGAUGAUGGGCUCGAGGAGCUCAGCGUAGAAGAAGAAGUUGCUGCCUGUUUCGGAUCUAAGUCUGCUCGUUUCGCUGCGAAUGCGUUUGAGAAGAUUGCAUCAGAUAACUUCGCCAGUUUGCUGCGUGUCGGGAGUGGGUUUCGGCAAUGUCCCAGUGGCACCAACAGCAGUCCGGAUUCGUCUACGGAUGACUUCGCCAUUUUGUUGCGUGUUGGGGAUGUGUUUCGGCAGUGUCCCAGUGGCACCAACAGCAGUCCGGGUUCAUCUACGGAAGCGCAUUUGCCAACUCCUGCCAAGACCUCAUCAUCGCCGGGCAGCGAUAAGCGAAAGACGCCUCCUGGUGGCGCUGACGGAGACCAAGGAAAGGAUCAAAGUGGCAAAGAUGGAGGCGAUGGAGGCAGGCCAUUCAAAAAACGCAAAGGCGAUCCAGAGGCACAAGCACAGGCAAAGCUUCGGUGGGAUUGUCCUUUCGACAGAACCCCUUCUGGCGUGGCAAGCAGUCCUCCUGGUUGUGCAGAAACAGGCCUACAACUCAAUGAUCUUUGGAUACAUCUGAAACGGAUUCACUUAGGCUGCUCUGAUUGUGGGCAGAAAUUCUCUGGCGAACUUGACGCUUCACGUCACUAUCACGACAGGUUCAGGGCUUCGAUUUGCAUCCCUGAUGCCAACAGAGUUAUAGGCCCUCACAUUGGGUACGAUGAUUUCUUGCAGAUGGAAAAAGCGUAUGAGGAAAGGGAUCGUCGAGACCUACAGAAAACAUGGGCCCAGUGGUGGCGGCUCAUACACAAGACGCCGUCUCCCGAACACAUCCCGCCCAGUGGCGUCCAUCAAGGAACUAUCAGUUUCCCAAGCGCUGUACUUCCACAACUGCGAACCUGGGUAAACGGCGAAUGGCAGGGGUUGGCAGCCGAGGGAAAGGUACCGUACCUGACUCGGAAGCAGUACCAGGAAUUAGGGAGUCUCAUUGAGAAAGCAAUUCGUUUAUUUGGCUGUACCCAUGAAGUCCGACAGAGACGCACCAAAAAGCCAGCACAAAGUGUCCAGAUGAUACCCACCCCUGACUCUGCGUCUGCAAAUACUGCAAUACCCCCAAGCGGAACCUCGGGAACUACGCCGAGUGCGGAGGUCUGUGCACAUCGUGACGGCGAAGACGACCUUGCCGGGCCUUUUGCAGGAUACCCCUUUGAACCACAGAGUCUCAUGUUCUUCGUCGAUGACUUUACAGAUUUCUACCAAGGGAUACCUGGCGCCAGCCCGCAGACAUGA